UCCAUUUUCAUGGAUGAGCAUCAUUUCGAGGCGAUUGUUUUUUAUCUAACUUUCUGUUACCAACGUGAAUAAUAUUCUGUAACUUUUUGAGUAAGAAAAACUCAAUAACCACUGGAAGCGAAAAUGCUGUAGACUGAGGUGAGUUUACAGACAACAAGAUGGAAUUGACGGAAUUCGCCAGCCUUCAACUUCCGGAGCAAAUUAAUCUACCAUUCUCGAUUUCCUGUUCCGGCGAAUAUCACGUCGUAUCUGCAAAGGGUAACGUAGAAAUUCUACGUCUCAAGUACAAACACAUCAACGAAGACGCCACGCUGAACUACUGCAUAGAUCGCAUCGAGAGCUCCAAGUUGAAACCAACCGGACGGUUAGCAACGAAGGAAACUAUACUGUACAACAGUAGCACUCGUGAAGAGCGAACUAAACUCCAGCUCGACCAAACUAUCAUUCCGAAUGUUGCCACUUUGUACACAAACAACAUAAUGGCAGUUGCUUCCCCUCCAGGAAUUCUGCAGGAUUAUGCCAGCUGCCUAAUGUCUCAUUUGACCAACCUGGGACAGCUAAUGUUACAUCGGUAUGACAAGGAUUCGAACGAAUGGAUUAGCUAUGUUGACAUAUCUGCAGUUUGGAUGGCGCACAUUUACGAUAACCGCAUUAUUUUGACAUUUGAUCGCCUGCAGACUUUGGUGCAGGAGGCUCUCAUGACUGCUUUUAGUUGGCGAAAUGAGGUAUAUCAUACGGUGGCAUACCUUGCGGUAGGAACAAAGUCUGGAAAAGUUGCUAUUUUCAGUCUGUACUCAGAUAACGCACAAGUGCGGCACGUUGCAUCCGUGCCCGAUGCGAUUAGGACUCUCAAGUGGAUUACAAUCGCGGAGGAUCGCAACCUGCUGUUGGCUGGAUUAUUGAAUGGGAAAAUUGCAGCUUUCAGCUUUCGAACGUUGCCCGAUGCCACGGUAGUCGACUUCGUACAGCUGGCAGAUGUUUGGGCGGAUGAAGAUAGUUUAACCGUGUGCCACAUUCAGUACGAAAUUGACCUAGCCAAUGAGCGCAUUCUGAUACUUGCCGUCAAAGGGACACAUUUGCUGGUCUUCACUUCUAACCUUCACGGCGAGAUUAUGGCGGUAGCGAUUCAGAAUAUGAACAAUUUUAUGAUAACAGGUGUCCAACAACUCUCCAGCUACUGCUACGUAGUAUGCACCCUCGCCGGAUCUAUAUUCUGCGUUGAAAUCAAAGUUAUCAAAGGAGAUCAACUGGUGAUUGAGCUGAACCCAAUUAAGAACGAUCUCAACAUUAGCAAAUUCUCUAUUUAUGGGGUAACCACGACCAAAAACCGCUCCUGUUGGCUGUUCCUUUGCUACCCUUCAAAGAGUUUUGAUCGAUUAAGUCUGCGCACACCGACCGUCGUAGUCUUCUGCACGUUUAGCGGCCGUGAUUCACUGAACAUUUUACUAGAGAACCCUUCCCUCAGAAUGACCGAAUACUAUGAUUGCGCCGAAGUUAUUCGAUUCAGUGGCAAUCGAAACAUUGAAACGUUGAGUCAGUUGGAAGCGCUAGCCAGCACACGACCGAGCGUAGACGAUGCCUAUGCCUAUCAUCUAAAGAUGCAACUUAUUCAGCUUGGCGCCAGGUUGAGCUAUUUCAAAAAACGCUGCCAAUCGAUAGCUGAAGUAUUAUUUCAACAGUCGCAGUUCGUUGCGAUGGUCAUUGAGAUCCUUCACGCUGCCAAAGUGAUCUACUAUUUCAUGUUCGUUCGCCAGUCCUACCCGCAGUUGAGUUAUCCUCAACUGCUGACUAUCCGAUGCCUACGUAAUUUUAUCAAAGAAUUCGUGGAUGAUAGCUUUCCGGGAGACUUCGAGCAUGUCCACUUAUCACUUAAAUCGGUUAUGGAGGAAGUGCUUGCGCACGCCAGCGACGUGUUGUCCUCUUCUCCUCAGCAGCCAUACUACGAGGAGUGUUCUUUCUGCGGGGAAGCCAUCGCUGACACGAAGCAAACCUGUUCGGAGAAUCAUCAAACGUUUCGCUGUUCAUUGACCAAGCAGCAAAUUCCGGUUCGGUCUGUCGAAACAAUGUGCGCUAUGUGCGAUCGCAGCUCGCUGGAUGUGGAACUGCUAGGGGAUAUUUUCUACAGCGACGGUGGGCAUUUAUCAAUUUACUACCGGUACUGUUGUGUGUGUGAUUUGCCAUUCGAAAAGCGGGUCGUACUUUGAAAUACACUUAUUUUAUUUUCUUA